CUUCUUCCCAGGGAAAACUGCAUAAAUCUGCAGUUACAUUUUCUUUCGCUCGAUUGACAGCAAAAUCAUACUUAAAAGGGAAAGAGCUUCAGUAAUGGAAAGCUUGGUCCAACGUUUUCCAGUCCCUCACAAGAACUUAUCCCUAAACAUCAAGGGAAACAAGACAGACAUAGUCAUUUGCAGUUAUGAUGACCAUUUUUUUGUGAGCUUUGGAAUCCCCAUUUGUUCGCAUUCGGUAAUGCCUGCUUAUUUCUGUGAGGAUGUUUCUGAUGUUUAUAACACUUCUCAGGUGAUUGCUACCCAAAUAGGAACCAUGGGGACAAUACUGCAUGCCAGGAAGGAGGAAGGAGUGUCAAUCAAUUCCACAUACAGUGUCUCUGUAAUAUUUGGUAAACGAGACGAGGCAAUGUUAGUAGCUUGUGCUCGACAACUGAUUGAACACAUAAGCAACUCGGGGUCCUCCAGGCCAUUGGUGCUCUCUCUUGGUCUUAAAGACCAUUCCAUGGAGACGGUGAAAGAGAUUGUUUCUGCCAUUGUUGAAAAUCGUAUGUGGUAACCAAUUGCCGUCCAAAAUCUGUUCUAGCUUCUGAUUUGAUAUACUGAUAAGUACUUGACUCGUCCUGGGAUAUGAAUUAAUGAGUUUAGAUCUAAUGAAUUAAAUUUUGUUUAGCGUUCCUGUAGUUGCAUAACUCAUUAAUGAUAAAAAUUAAUAAAAUUAGUGAAUUGAUCUGCA